GCGCGCGCGGGAGAAAGAAGACACACACUAUUACUUCCUCGAUCUCUACCUAGAUAGCGUUGGAGCUCGACUAGCAAGCGAUGGAGAGAGGAUCUGGGGGAGGAUUUCUGGAGCCUUUCCAGUCCGUCGGCAUCACCCCGCCUCGGGGGCGGCAAGGUCACAGCGUCCCAAUCCCGCGACCCCUGCUCGGAUCAAAGCUCGUACACGUCGCCGGAUCCAUCCAGGACUACGGAGGAGACGUGCUCCCGGCUCCGCCCAGUCUCAACCCGCCCCUUUUCCCAACCCACCAAAGUCUACCCUGCCCAGUUCUCUACAAGGAGAGACCACUUUCUGGGCGGGUCCGUUUCGCGCCUCGACAGAAUCCGGGCCCACAAUCAGGAGCUGGCUGCAGCUAUGGAGAGCUUCGCCGAGCUGGAGGAAGAGGGAGGGAGGGAGGAAGAGAUGAGAGGAGAUUAUACCGAUUACAACAACUCGGAAUUGUGGUCUCGCAUCACCAGUCCAUCUCCACGUCACGACACCCUAGAGAAAUUCAAUGGAGACUCCUUGCUUCAUUUCAGUUUCAACCACGGGGGGAAUAUUGGCGGGGACCCCCUACUUGGAGGUUCGUUUGUCCGUGCUUUUACCACAGGUCAGGGCCUGCUGCAUAAAUCCCUGAAUGUGCCGUCGGUUCAUCAAAUGCAAUCAUCAAACACCAACGAAGCUUCGUCGUCUUCAACGCUCUUCCCGACAGCGGCCAGGAACCCAAACAAAGCCAUUGUAACAAUCGACGCGCAGAGCUCUCGUAUUCUGAUGACGAACGAGAUAACGUGCGAGUUGUUUGGCUACCAGUGGGGCGACCUCGUGGGGGCGAAGGUGCAGAACUUGUUCACGGAGCCGUACCGUGCCAAGCAGCACGCUCUGGUGGAGAGGAACAUCGAUGCCGCCGGGAAAGAGGUGCUCGUUAGCGGGAAAGUGAUGGAUGCAGUGACGUCAUAUGGAGUGGAGUUCCCAGUCUCGGUGUGGAUGAAGAAGAUCAGUGUCUCCGCCAGCUCUAUGAGAGUCAUUGUGGUCAUGGAGCCCGUGGAGAGAACGUCAGCUUGCUUCUCCCUGGACCACCAGGGUGUUGUGGUGUCGUGUGAUCCGUGGUUUGCGUCACUGUUUGGCUACCCUAACACCGUGGCAGUGAUGGGCCAGUCGAUCUUCACCCUCAUCCCCUCCCUCUCCCUCCCUCAAACCCUGCAAAACAUGACUGAUCAGAUGCCAGAGAGACAAGCAGUCACGGGCAGAACACGAGACCACACCGCAUUCCCUCUCACUGUCCAGUUCACCAACCUCUCCCAAAACCUCUCUCUCGGAGAUCUCUACUCCCCACCUCCCACCUCUCCCCCUCCUCUCGCUUCUCACACAUCUCCCCACUCAACUCCUCACAAAGACCACACCCCUCAUUCACCCGAUUUAGGGGAAACCCCUGUCGAUCUCCCCGAAAACUCCACCCUCUUCGAAGAGUGCCAGUGAGGAUUCCAGUAUGGAUUACAUCAUUGCAAUGAGUGGGGAAACCCCUCGUGUUAGUACCAACAUCAGUCCAAAUAUAGGGGACACCCCUACAAUCAUUGAGAAUGGGGAACUCCCCUCCGUUGACUACAUCAGUGGUCCAACUAAAGGGGAAAUCUCUAAAAAUAACAUCUGCAGUGAAACAAAAGAGGAAAUCCCUUCAACAAAUGACGGCAGUCCGACUAAGGGGGAAGCCCCUUCAACAAACGACAUCGGUCCGACGAAGGGGGAAAUCCCUUCAACAAACGACCGCAGUCCGACUAAGGGGGAAACCCCUUCAACAAACGACAUCAGUCCGACUAAGGGGGAAACCCCUUCAACAAACGCCAUCAGUCCGACUAAGGGGGAAACCCCUCUAAUGAUGAACAGCAUUGGGAGCCCAGUCGAACCCCUAGUUCCUCCGUACGUUGAUGCAAAGGUGAUAGUGUACGCGGCUUUGAGUGGGAUGGUCAGUUUUCUACCAAACGGUACCAUUCACGGCUGCAACCACCACUUCUCGCUGAUGUUGACAGGCUACAGUCAAGACGAACUUCUGAGGAGGGACAUUACAUUCCUAAUGCCGGAGUUCUACAGCCAUGUUGGUUACGUUGACGACCAGGGGAUGCCCCUCCCACCACUGGACGAGGGUAGCGACGACAUAUCGUUCCAGUCGGUGGCCGAACGCUCUCUCUCUCCAGACUCCGCCUUCGACUACCUCUCCAGUCGUGCACAUGUCCCUCCCUCUCCCGUCCGGAGAAAGAACCACGAAGUUCAAAGGUCACCUGUCCGGAACCUAAACCACCACGGGCAAAGCCCCGCCCACUCUCACCAUCAUCAACCUUUGACCUCUGGCGGACCAUCUACUAGUCCUCAUGCGACAGCCAACGUCUCUCCCAGACACCAGAUAAUGAGGGGGGCAGACAAAAAUAUCCCCGGGGGGUUUUCGGGGGGCCACGGCACGAUGCCGACUCUAUUGGAGGAAGAGGAGGAGAGGGAGGGGGGAGGAGAGAAGAGGUCAAAUGAAGUGAAAAGUGGAAGAGGGAGUGAGAGGAAGGAGGUUGGGGGUGGAUUUGAAGGUAGAGCUGUAGGGCUGGAUGAGGAAGAGGAGGAAGAGAGGAAGAGAGAGGGAGAGGAAGAGGAAAGAGAAGGAGAAGAAAGUGAGGAAGAAGAGAGGGAGGAAGGGGAGGAAAGAAACUACGAGGAGGAACAAAAGGCAGACGAGGAAGAAACUGAGUCCCAGUACCCCAUUUCAUCGACCCCUGCCUCGAAAACACCGGACUCUCUGCUGGUGAAAACGGACUCGUUCAGCGAGUACCUCAGAGCCGCGGCGGUGCCAGGAGGGGCUGCGGGUGAGAGUGACGGUAUCUCGGUGUCGUCCAUAGUCUCUCUUCCGGAGGGUCUGUUUCAAGGAUUCAUACGUCACAAAGAUGGCUCCUCCAUCGCUGUCGUUUUUCAGUUGAAGUGCAUUCCGCUGGCUGGAGAUCAGUCACUCUUUUGUGUGUGGCUCUGUCGCGACAUGAACAGAGAUUGGACCAUCAACAGGGAGGAUCCUUACUGGACUGACCAGGUUGGGAUUUCGCCAGAUGUAAUAGAGGAUGUUGAUACAGUUCAGGAUCCUCACCAACACAGCACGGGGUCAGAGGAGUCGCUGGCAGUCGCUGGGGUCUACAGAUCAUGCUAUGACACUCUACGACCAGUGGGAAAGGGGGCGUUUGGAUUUGUUAGACUUGCCCAACGCAAAUCCGACAAGCAAUUGGUAGUGGUGAAGUUCCUGAGAAAGAGUGGAGUGUUGAAGGACUGUUGGGUCCAUGACAGAGACAUGGGACUAGUAGCCCAGGAGAUCAGUCUCCUCGCCAGACUGAACCACCCCAAUAUCGUGAUGCUACUGGAAGCCUACGAGAACGAGUGCUAUUUCCAACUGGUGAUGGAGAAGCACGGAGACGGUCUAGACCUCUUCGAGUUCAUCGAGAGAUGUCCAAAGAUAACCGAACCACUCGUCAGCUACAUGUUCAGACAAGUGGUCGCCGGGCUCUCCUAUCUCCACGGGAAGAAUAUUCUACACAGAGACGUCAAGGACGAAAACAUAAUAAUGAACGAACACUUCCACAUGAAGUUGAUAGACUUUGGCAGUGCAGCGUACAUGGAGCCAGGCAAACUCUUCCACACCUUCUGCGGCACCCUCGAAUACUGCUCUCCCGAAGUACUACUUGGAAACAGUUACCCGGGACCGGAGCUUGAGAUGUGGGCGUUGGGCGUCACCCUCUACACACUCGUUUUUGGGGAAAACCCCUUCUUUGAUGUGGAGGAGACCAUAUCGGGACAUUUGCAACCUCCGUAUUUCACCAGCCCAGGUCUCAUGAAAGUACUACUGUGGUUGCUACAUCCGCACCCGAAAUCAAGAGCAACACUCAAGGUAUCAGUUCGAUAUUUCACGGUUUUCUUUUAAUUAGAACACAACCAUCAUGGGUGGGUGGGAACCAAUCUACAGCGCCUUUAUAUGUAUUUGCACAUCACUUGAAAGUGUUUGCUUCAAACAUUGACUUCAAGCAUUAACCUGUAACUGUAUGACUAACCAAUGGUCCCCAUAAAGGGUAUAUGGGAAUAAUGCGUGUGUUGUGAAUCCCAAAACCUGGCCUUAAACCUCAGUAUGUACAAAAAUUACUUUUGUGCCAAAGCCAUAGAAAUCAAGUUUCUCCUCGUAUUAUGAUUGUUGAGUUGUAGGGAAAAUAAUGGUGGUUCACACGCACAGUCGCCGUAUCUUCACCUACACGUAUAAGCACAAUUAUGUGUGGUUUGUUAAUACUCCACAGGAUCUAGAGAGAGACAGAUGGACAAAUCAAGAGGUGGACAUCUCGCAGUUCAGCUUUGAAUCUGUUCUAGGUAUACAUACCUAUACAUACGUGAGUAAUGAGAGCGUGUGUUAGCACUGGCACGGAUUGCUUACUUCACCGGGUUACAUUAAUCCGCGCAUCUCGCUCCCGAUCUCACGCGCUGGUAGACCGAAAGAAUAAAGGAAAGAGGUAGAGAAGGAAGAAAGAAGAAAUAUCAGCUCUACCAGCAGGAUUCGAACCCACCACCUCUUUCUUCCUGGGCAAGUGUAUGCAGACUGUCACAUACAUGGUGGGCCAAAGUGGCAGAUUUUGAAAGGCUUUCAAAUGCUUUCAUUACGUGUGUGAGUGUUUUGGGGUGCCUCUGACACAACAUACACAGUGAAAAGUCGUUAGCCUUUUCCACUGACAGUAUCCAGAGUCUUUGAUGUUGCCACAUUACCACAUCUUGAAACGAUUUCCACUGAUGUUACUCGGUUCAUCCCCUUAACACCCACUUGGUGUACUUUUGCUACUGACAGUGAGUGGACCUGACAUAUGGCUGUGUUUGUGUAUAAUAACUUGCUUUCAAUUUUUGUCUAUCCCUAUCUUUUCCCCAUUUCUUGUAAACCCACAUAGGUCUGUACCCACUGUUUAUGAUAUCACAUCAGUGUAUAUAGCUUUCAUCUCUCCAUUUCUUAACUCCCCCUUCUCCUUCCCCCCUUACUU